CAUCUAUAUAUGUUUGCCCGUCAAACUGGUUCAGGUUGUUUGUUGCAGAAAUAAGAGAGACAUGGGUAAAAUCGCCAUAGCACUACUCCUGUUCUGUUCGCUGAUCCUGCCGGCGCCGGCAUACCACGGCGUCCCCCGAGAUCCGGAAUCGGUCGCGGAUUGGUUCGACAAUCAAAUCUACAAAACCGAGAAGCUAACAAAGCUUCAUUUCUUCAUCCACCACGAAGUGAGCGGCAAAAACCCGACAGCCCUGGAGGUAGUCCGGCCCAACAAAACCCACGGCCGCUUCGACUUCGGCGUGGUCGUGAUGUUCGACGACGCGGUGACGGUGGGGCCGGAGCGCGACUCCACCGAAAUCGGCCGAAUCCAGGGGAGCUUCAGCUCGGCCGGCUUGAACGAAGUGAGUCUGAUGAACAACUUCCUCCUCUUCUUCACCGGUGGACAGUACAAGGGCAGUAGUCUCAGCAUCCUAGGCAAGAACACGCCGUACGAGCCCUACCGGGAGAUGGCCGUCGUCGGAGGAUCCGGUGUUUUCCGGCUAGCACGAGGAGUUGCGACCGUCAAUAAAUACGCGUACGACGACAAAACCGGCGAUGGCGUUCCCGAGUACCAUGUUAUGGUGAUUCAUCAUGAUUCGUCGGCCGAAGCCUCUCCUAAAACUAGUUGCUCUGAUGAGCUGUGAUAAUUGACAACGCUAUAGCGAUUGUCCAUUCUCCGGUUGCUUUUUCCCUAAUAAUCUGUAUUACCCCAGACAAGAAAGAAAAAAGACAAAACAAAAAAGAUCCCUAGGUCUUCGGAUUUGCUUUUCUAUUUACUUCUUAAGCUAUUGGUUAGGUAGAGUCCGUCGUCAUGGCCGGAAAUUUCAGCUAGUCGCCGGAGUUGUUGUCUGGAAUUUUACUGUACGUACUUGGUGCUAUCAACGGAACCAUCUUUUCCAUCAAUCCAAAUAUAAUACCGUCUGCGCA